AGAGAGUUAAGCCUGUGAUACAUAGCAGACCCGUCUCCACGGUACUUACACGGACUUUAAUAAGCUUGUCGGGUUUAUCAUCAGGGAUCUACAGAACAUGUUUGCUCUCGAAACGCCAUCAUCGGUGAAGGGUCCUAGUGCCCGUGGCUCACGAGAGAAGAUGAGGUACGAGACAUUUCACUCUUUGCGACCUAAGGUGCUAAGUAGCCAAAUCCACGCUCGUCGGAUGAAUCCACGGACUGAAGCCACAUCUCACUUCGCGUCUAGGUGUAUCGGCUUUGGAGACGGGGUCCCCUCCUAAGAUAAACUUAGAAACGGCUAUUGUUUUUCUGCUGGUGCAGACAGAUACUUCAUCUCUGUGAUACCCUUCACUUCUGUUACUUCUCUUUCAU